UGCUGGGGGACCGGGGAGGGGUGCCUCUUGAUAUCUUGGUGGGGGGGCUCUUUAGCUGGCGGUUGAGCGUCUGGGGGUUGUGUGUGUGUGUGUGCGCGCGCGCGCGUGUGUGUGUGUGUGUGUGUGUGCGUGUGUGUGCGCGCGCGCAGCUGUGCAGCCAGCAGCUGAGGUCCCUCGCCCCCAGCUCCCCUGCGCUCAGCGCCAGCACUGCAACCCCGCAGAGAGCCGUGCGCGCCGCCAGCUCCGCGAGGGAUGGAGCAGACCGAGGUGCUCAAGCCGCGGACCCUGGAGGAUCUGAUCCGCAUCCUGCACCAGCUCUUCGCCGGCGAGGAGGUCAACGUGGAGGAGGUGCAGGCGGUCCUGGAAGCCUACGAGAGCGACCCCGCCGAGUGGGCGGCGUACGCCAAGUUCGACCAGUACCGGUAUACUAGAAAUCUUGUGGAUGAAGGAAAUGGAAAAUUCAAUCUAAUGAUUCUGUGUUGGGGUGAAGGACAUGGCAGCAGUAUCCAUGAUCACACCGACUCCCACUGCUUUCUGAAGAUGCUGCAGGGAAAUCUAAAGGAGACCUUAUUUGCCUGGCCUGACAAAAAAUCCAACGAGAUGAUCAAGAAGUCUGAAAGAAUCUUGAGAGAAAACCAGUGUGCUUAUAUCAACGAUUCCAUUGGCUUACAUCGAGUAGAGAACAUUAGCCACACGGAACCUGCUGUGAGCCUUCACUUGUACAGCCCACCGUUUGAUACGUGCCAUGCCUUUGAUCAAAGAACAGGACAUAAAAACAAAGUCACCAUGACAUUCCAUAGCAAAUUUGGAAUCAGGACUCCAUUUACAGCUUCGGGAUCCCUGGAGAACAACUAAGGAGCACCAGAUCCUCUAAGGUUUUAGCUUAAGGUCUGCUAAAAGUUUUGCCCUGGACAGGGAUGCCUCCAGCAGUUGCUGUCCAUAAUACACUUUACGAAGCCAAUACUUAGAUCUCCUGCAAGGCAGAUGCUAAUUGUCAAGCAUUGAGCAAGUGGAUAGUACCCCAAGCUACUGCAGAAGAAAAAUCACACACUAAAGGAAAAACGGGCUCGUAAUUUUAAAGGCCAGUUAAGUGUUGUCCUGGUUUUAUCCUCUGAAUUCAGUGGAACCAUAUGGGGGGAAUGUCAAUGAAUGUCAACAAUUCAAUGAAGAUUUUUAGAGCUUUUGGAAACCCUUUGGUCUCUGAAUUGUAAUUAGCAAUAAAUAAAAACAAGAAACCACAGACAUCAGAUGCUUGCCUUGUUACUUGGAGGACUAAAUGUAGGGGUCUUUCGUAUCCUUUGUAUGUUCUUAAUAUUUGCAGAGACUUUUUUGAAUCUAUGGAUUUUAUUUUUUCAGUCUUACUUGACAAAUUCCUGUCCGAUAAGUAGCAGGAUAUUGUAGACAGAGAAACUCAAGGCACUUUGCCAUUUGGUAAUGAAAGGGAGGGCAGAAGAUUUUAGGAAAGUACCUGUACCCCUAAACCCAGGUCAAACCAAAAACACAAACUCAUGUCUAAUGUGUCCAGUGGUCCUAGUCAAAGACUUUGUAUAACCACUAAAAUUGCCAAAUAAUUUUAAUAAAACUGGAUUUGACUACAA